GUUUUGAAAUAAAUGUCAAAUCAGAAGAUUUUAGCAGCUCAUCAGAUUUCAAAUACAUAUUUUAUAAAUUUUAUUAUCAAAGAUGAUGCUCGGGCAAACAGGCCGCUUGGGUAUGAUAACCGAGAGCAAUCCAUUAGGCUUAUCAUGGCACGAUACAAAUUGGAUUCCAAUGCUUAAUACUACCACUGUAAUGGAUUAUUUCUCAGAAAGAUCUAAUCCGUUUUAUGAUAGGUCUUGUAAUAAUGAAAUAGUUAAAAUGCAGCGAUUGAGUCCUGAACAUUUACACAAUAUGACUGGAUUAGAAUAUAUUCUUCUUCAUGUUCAAGAACCCAUUUUAUAUGUUAUACGAAAGCAACAUCGACAUACACAAAACCAUUGUACACCAAUAGCUGAUUAUUAUAUUAUAGCUGGUAUUGUAUAUCAAGCUCCAGAUUUGGCUAGUGUACUCAACUCUCGCUUGUUAUCUACUGUGCAUCAUCUUCAAAGCGCAUUUGAUGAAGCAAGUUCUUAUGCAAGGUACCAUCCUAGUAAAGGUUAUACAUGGGAUUUUAAACCAACAAAAUCAGGAGGUCCUGGCACAGAUCGUGCUGUUGCAAAUGUUCUCCCUAAAAAAGAAACAUCUCAAACUAAAGAAGAACCCAGCUCACUUUUUCAAAGACAGCGUGUGGAUAUGUUAUUAGCUGAAUUGACCAGAAAAUUUCCUAUUCCAAUGUAUCCACACCCACCACAAAAUCAAAGUGGGCCUAAUAUUAAAACAGAAAAUGCUACACAAGAUAAAUCUGAACAACCUGUAACAGUGAAACAAGAGCCCAUUGACAGUGCUUCUGAAAAUUUAAAUAGUAUUGCAAGUGCAGAAAAUGUAGGAAAUAACACAAAUGGAAUAGACAUCAAACCUGAUAUUAAAAAUGAGAGUAUGAAACCUCCUCCAGAAAAAAAAGUUAGACUGAAUUAAAUAAAAUAAAAUAUUGAUGAAAUAUCAGUCAAUAAUUUUACAAUCAAGUGUGUGAGAAAGACUAUACUAUACAUAUGGACGGAUAUUUAUCAGAUUUUG